AUGACAUUCAUUGAUCGUGGUGUAAGUGACGUUGUUGUUAUUGGCGCUGGAAUUGCCGGUGUGAAAACAGCAAUUGAGUUAACUAAAAGUGGAAUUUCCAAUGUUAUUUUAGAAGCUAGAGACCGAUGCGGCGGCCGUCUAUAUACUGAGAAACUCAAGAGUGGAGUAGAUGCUGAUUUAGGCGCAUCUUGGUUUCACGAUUGCCUAGAUAAUCCAAUGUUGAAGAAAUAUUUUGAAAGCGGUAAGAUUAAAUUCAAUUUUGAUGAUGGCAGAUUUUCAUAUUUCAACGAGAAUGGAUUGAUUGAUGACAAUGAAAAACUGAAGCCGAUUGCCAAUGAAAUCAAACUUUAUCUUGCUUCACUCUAUGACAAAUUGACUCCAAAUGAAGACAUCUCUGUGAAAGAGGCUGUCUAUAGGUAUAUCAAGGAGAAGCGUUAUUUGUUAACCGACUACCAGGUGAAAUAUAUUCCUCAAUUGAUCAGAUAUUUUGAAAUGUGGAUCGGCUCUUCUUGGGAAAUACUAAGUGGGAGAAGUAUUUCUGCAGAUGCCCACAAAGGUCGAGAUGCCAUGGUUCUCAAUGGUUAUCAGACAGUUUUCAAUUGCGAAUUGCAAGAAUUGAAAGAUGCAAAAGGAAAGGACAACAUUUCGGCUUUUAUAAAAUUAAAAAGGAUUGUUUAUAAGAUCAGCUGGAAUGAGAAAUCUCAAUUAAUUGAAGUCUAUUCUAAAUAUGCAAAUAUCACCGAAGUCUAUAAGUCUAAAUACAUUGUUGUUACUGUUCCAUUAAGUGUUUUAAAGUUGAGCAGCGGUGAAGAAGGUUCUAUUGAAUGGGUGCCCCCAUUACCAGCUUCUUUCACGAAUUCAAUCAGUAACGUUUCAUUUUCCAACUUAGGUAAGGUUUUCUUUGAGUUUCCAAAGUGCUUCUGGAAUCUAGAAGACGAUCGUUUACUUUCAAUGGCUAAAGUUGAAGAAGAAUACUACGAAGCAUGCCGAUAUGACAAGGAAGAUUUAUGCACAUACAAAUUUCUCAAAUGUAGACAAGACGUUCCAAUCAGAGAAAAUGAAGUUCCCAAUGGUUUAGAUUAUACAGUGCUGUUUAUGAAUUUAGCAAAACCAACACAAAAACCCAUCAUACUUGCACUAACAUCUUCGCCGUUGACACAAUAUAUCGAACAAGCGUCUUCCAAUAUCAUAUUUGAGGUUUUCAAGCCAGUAUUUGCUAGAAUUGCAGGUUUACCAGAGUCUUCAAUUCCUCAACCAAUAGAAGUGAAAACUUCCAAGUGGUCGAAUGAUCCCUUUGCAAGGGGUAGUUACACAGGUGUAACAAUUGGGGAUAGUUAUGAGCCAUUUCUUGAAGAGGUUUUAAAUCCUAAUAAGAUAUUUGAUGGGAGAGGAAGAGUAAGAUUUGCUGGUGAAGGAACAAUUGAUGACGGUAAUGGAUGUGCACAUGCUGCUUGGAAUACUGGAUUAAGAGAAGCUGAAAUUAUUAAGAGAAUGAUAAAUAGAGCUAAAUUAUAG